AUGACCGUUUCAUACACCCUCAAAGUGGCGGAGGCCCGCUUUGGAGGCUUCUCUGGGCUGCUUCUCCGCUGGAGAGGAAGCAUCUACAAGCUUCUUUACAAGGAGUUCCUACUCUUCGCCGUCCUUUAUGCUCUGCUCAGCAUCACCUACCGGCUGCUGCUGACCCCGGAGCAGAGGCACGUGUAUGCUCAGGUGGCCCGAUACUGCAACCGCUCUGCGGACCUCAUCCCCUUGUCCUUUGUCCUGGGUUUCUAUGUGACAUUGGUGGUGAACCGCUGGUGGGCCCAGUAUACAAGCAUCCCACUGCCAGACCAGCUGAUGUGCGUCAUCUCGGCCAGCGUGCACGGCCUGGACCAGCAUGGCCGCCUGCUGCGCCGCACCCUUGUCCGCUAUGCCAACCUGGCGUCAGUGCUAGUGCUGCGCUCAGUCAGCACCCGGGUGCUCAAGCGCUUCCCCACCAUGGAGCACGUGGUGGAUGCAGGUUUCAUGUCUCAGGAAGAAAGGAAAAAGUUUGAGAGCCUGAAAUCUGACUUCAACAAGUACUGGGUCCCCUGCGUCUGGUUCACCAACCUGGCGGCCCAGGCCCGGAGGGACGGGCGAAUCCGUGAUGACAUUGCACUCUGCCUGCUCCUGGAAGAGCUGAACAAGUACCGAGCCAAGUGCAGCAUGCUGUUUCACUAUGACUGGAUCAGCAUCCCUCUUGUCUACACCCAAGUGGUGACCAUAGCAGUAUACUCCUUCUUUGCCCUUUCCUUGGUUGGCCGCCAGUUUGUGGAGCCAGAGGCAGGCGCUGCCAAACCUCAGGAAUCUCUGGAGCCAGGGCCAGUGUUGGGGGACCUGGACAUGUAUGUGCCUCUCACCACUCUGCUGCAGUUCUUCUUCUAUGCUGGCUGGCUCAAGGUAGCUGAACAGAUCAUCAACCCGUUUGGUGAGGAUGAUGAUGACUUUGAAACCAACCAGCUCAUUGACCGCAACUUGCAGGUGUCCCUGCUAUCUGUGGAUGACAUGUACCAGAAUCUGCCCCCCGCCGAGAAGGACCUGUACUGGGGCGAAGACUCGGUGCAACCGCCCUACACUGUGGCUACGAUGGCUGAGUCGCUGAGGCCUUCCUUCCGGGGCUCCACUUUCAACCUCCGCAUGAGCGACGACCCGGAGCAGAGCCUGCAGGUGGAGGUGGCCCCUGGGUUGGCUCGGCCGGUGCCCGCCGCGCAGACCCCACUGCUCAGCCGCGUCCUGGGCGCAGGAGCACCCUCCCCCGCCGUCAGUCUCCGGAACUUCGGCUGCGCACGAGGACCUCCCCGGACCCCUCGUCCGCUGCGCUCCCAGGCGGAGGAGGGCGGCGACACCGAGGCCGCGGACUGCAUCGAGGAGGUGGCGGGUCCUCGGGGUUAGGCCUGGGAGCCCUGAACAGAGACAGCCGGGGCCUAGGCUGCCCUCAGGCCUGACACCCACCUCCCCGCCGCCCCCACCCCCCUUCCGCCUCUCGCCCCUCACUGCUCACUUCCUGGGCAGUGCCAGUCCCGCACCCUGUUAGAGCAGCACUUUUUGUGCUCGGAGCCGGAGCAUUUAGGGGCGAGGAAGAUGAACGAGGAAGAUGGUGGUAAGGGCCUGAGCCAAGGCUGGGAAUGUGUCCACUUUGGCGGGAGAAGGUAGGACGGAUUGUUUGGGGAGGUGAAGCUGGAAGGAUACAUGGGACGAGGCGCAGAGGACUACAGCCCAGGUGCAGUUAAUUUCAUCGGCAUUGGGGGGCCAGGCAAGUUCUCAGGCUUGCAGGAGCAUCAGCAUUGCUGAAGGGCUUAUUAAAAAGUUCCAGGUACCACUCCCAAUGUUUCUGAUUUAUUAGAUGUGAAAUGGAGCUCAAGGAUUACAAUUUGAGUCAUACAUAAGAUAUUUAGUAUAUGCCCUAUCCUGAUCACCUUACUUUGAAAGAGAGAUCAAAGUGUGUGGGUUGGGCACUUUUGAUCUGAAAUGUUCAAUUUUCUUGUUUACAAUGAUAAUAUAUUUAUAAUUUGUGAAGUUACAAUUGUUUAAAACUUAAUCGGCAUGCUAUGUGGUGAGGUAAAGAUAAGGGUUUAGCCCACCGGUGUAGCUCAGUGAUUGAGCAUGGACCCCUGCACCAAGAGGUUGCCAGUUUGAUUCCUAGUCAGG